AUGGAUUUCUACCUCGCCAACCUCGUCGUCCUCGGCGCCGGCCUCGUCGGCGCCGGCUACUGGCAACACCAGAACAAUAUGACCAAGCUCACGCUCAAUCAGAAGGAGGAGAGCAACGCCGACGGCGACGAUCUCGAAGCCGAGGCGAACGGGGAAGACGAGGCCGAGAUGCACCAGUUGGCCUGCAAGAACGAGGUCGAUCGGUUCUGCCAGUUCCGCAACGGGUUCCUGGUCGUCUACGGCUUUGCCAUCGCCGCCGACUGGCUCCAGGGCUCCUUCAUGUACAGCCUCUACAAGAACACUCUGCAGCUCCCGGAGCCGACGAUCGCGACGCUCUUCGCCACCGGCUUCGUUUCGGGCGGCAUCAGCGCCACCUUUGUCGGCACCUACGCCGACAAGUUUGGCAGGAAGCGCGCCUGCCUCGCCUACUGCGCCAUCUACGCCAUGUCCUGCAUGACGAUGCUGUCCAGCAACAUUGGCGUCCUCUACUUCGGACGCGUCCUCGGCGGAAUCAGCACCACGAUCCUCUUCACCGCCUUUGAGACGUGGAUGAUUGCCGAGUACUCGCGCCUGGGCUUCGGCUACUCGGACAGCGCGCUGAGCACCAUCUACGGCACCAUGUCGAUCCUCAACGGCUUCAUCGCCGUCGCCAGCGGCGUCAUCGCCCAGCUCCUCGUCAAGGUCUCCAACAACGAGGUGGCCCCCUUCCUCGCCAGCGUCGGCUGCCUCGGCGCCUCGGCGGUGCUCAUCUCGCGCUCGUGGGCGGAAAACUUUGGAACACCUCAGGUGACGCCGAUCAAGUCGCUCCGCGCCAGCUUCGACGCGCUCCCAGACUCCAAGAUCCUAGUGGCCAUCGGCUCCGCCUCCUGCUUCCUCGAGGGCUCCAUGUACGUCAUGGUCUAUUCCUGGUCGCAGGCCAUCAUCUCGGCUCGCGAGAUGGCCUCGACGACGGGCCACCCCCCCUUUGGCUACAUCUUUGCCAACUUCAUGUGCGCCCUGACGCUCGGCUCCUUCUUCUACGCCUACGUGACGCGGGGCGGCAACUCGAUCCAGCUCUCGUCCGACUCGGUCCAGCUCUCGCUCGCCGCCUCGGCCGUCAGCCUGCUUGUGACAGUGACGACGACGGGCGAGGCUUUCCGCUUCUGGUCCUUCCUCGUCUUCGAGUUCUGCCUCGGCAUCUACUUCCCGAGCAUCGGCUACCUCAAGGGCAACCUCUUCGGCAACGAAAUCCGCGGCAAGGUCUAUGGCCUGUUGCGCGUGCCGCUCAACGCCUUUGUCACCGUCUCCCUCGUCACCAUCGCGCCAGGAGAUGCGAGUCGCGAGAACAGGUUCAUGGUAUGCGGCGGCCUACUGCUCGUCGCCGUCGCUCUCAUGGCCCGGUACAUCAACUAG